AUGGAUUCAUUUAAUUUGAUUGCUUCCGUAACUUUGAACGAAGAAAUUGUCGUUGAAAGUUACAAGUCUGAGACAGGAUUUACUUUAAUUUUGGCUCGCAUGAAAGGACCUGUUAUUCACACUUAUUUCGUGAUUCCUACUGAACGGCAUGAUAAUCAAGCUGUAGCUUUUACGUUAGAAGAACUGAUUUUUAAAGGUUUUAAUCGAGUUUCUCAACAAGGAUUCGUUCAUAAAAUUUCAAACAAAUAUAGAUAUCAGACGAAAAUACAAGACCAUGCAUGUUAUGUGCUAGACAUGGCAUGUAAUGAAGGAAUAACAAAUCUAUUACCUGUGUAUUUGGAUCAUAUUUUAUUCCCUUUGCCUUUAGCGGAAAUUGACAAUAUUGAUCAAAACGAAGGAAUAAUUACUCCAAGGCUGCUUAUUGAAGAACAUGAUUGCAAUGCGAUGAUAAUACGUGAAGUUUACCGCCAUCUAUAUCCAGAAACUGAUUUUUUGUUAGAAGUACUUUCUAUGAAGAAGGAUUGUAGCAUUGAAGAGAUUCGAGAUUACCAUACAAAACAUUACGCUCCAGCUAAUACAACAAUUUUCAUAGCUGGACCAAUUGAACCUGAUGAAAUUUUUACUUCACUUCAGGAUUUAGAAACAAAGAUCAAGAGUGAAGAGCGAGAGAGCUUUGAAAGAUCUUUUAACACUGAAAUAACUCCUCUUGAAGAGAAUAUUGUUAAAACGAUAGAAUAUCACAGUGAAGAAGAGUCAACAGGUUUUGUAUGUCUUGCUUGGAGAGGACCAAACAUCAUCACAGAAUAUGAAAAUUUUAUUGCGUGUAAAAUCCUAAUGAAAUAUUUAUGUGGUAAUUCAAUUAGUCCCAUUCAACGUUUAAUGCUGGAAAUUGAAAAUCCAUUAGCAAGUCAUAUUUCAUAUCAAUUUAUCGAGUGUUUAGAAGUAAUAAUGUUGAUUAAUUUAAGUGGCAUCAAUUUAGAUAGAAUAUCAGAAGUCGAUGAGAAACUAAUGGAGGUUUUGAACGGAAUAGUUGAAGAGGGGAUUGACAUGAAACGAAUGGAAACAAUAGUCAAAUCAGAGCUAAUAGAAUUCCAAAAUAGCUUAGAAAGAAAUCCAUACUUGACAGUUUUUGAAAAACUUUUACCUACAAUGAUUUAUGCUGAAGAAACUGCGAACGAAGAAAUGAUUCAAAAACGACUAUGCUCCGAAGAUCAAUUUGCUGAAAUGCUUGAAAAACCAAACGAAUACUGGAUUGAGAUUUUACUACAAUACUUUAUCAGUGGAAAACAUGUUACUAUUGAAGCGAUUCCUAGUACAGAAAAGUUAGAAACAUCAACUGAAGAACAAGAAGAAGAACAACCUCUAAAUGACCUUGAAGAUUUAUUGAUUGAAACUCAAAGUAAUGAAGAUCCAAUCAGUGAAAAAGAAGAACCUUCUCCAGAUGAAACAACUUCAGACCCUGAUGGUUUCCUAUGGAGCCUUCGAUACUGCUCUUCAAAAGGUUCAAAUCCUCCAAAUAUUAAUUUACAAAAGAUGCCAUUUUACACAGAAGCGUAUGACUUAUCCACCAGCUUUGUUCAUUUAAGUUUGACCAUUAACACAGAUUCUGUUCCAACUGAUCUUCGAUUGUACCUGCCGCUGUUCAUUGAACUACUGAUCAAAAGUCCAAUUGAAAUAGAUGAUGAAAUAGUUUCCUUAGAUGAAAUCACUUCAUUGAUGGAAGAAGAUUUGAUUUCAGUUUCAACCAACAUUGGUAUUCAAUCCGUUGAAGUUCCACAAAGUUUCCUUCCUUAUUCAAAUCAUCUUCAACUAUCGAUGCAAGUUCAAAUGGAAAAGUAUGAAAGCGGAAUCAACUGGUUGCACAAACUUUUGCACAAAUCAACUUUCGUUCAAGAUCGAAUCAAAAGUUGCUGUAUGAAACUCUUGAACCAAAUGGUUGAAACCAAGCGAAAUAACAGGAUCAUUUGUCGUCAAAUCAUUGAUGCGAUGUUCUAUGAUCCAACAAGUAACAUUCGUUUACAUUCAAUCCUAAAGCAACAACAAUUUCUGAGCGAAGUUUUAUCCAGAAUUGAAGAAGAUCGAACCGAAGAGAUCAUUGAACAACUAAACCUUUUACGUGACAUUUUGUUGAACCCAAAUAACAACAUUUCGGUUCAUAUAGCAACUGAUUGGAGCAAACUAUCAAGUUUUGAAAUAGAUCUUCUUGAACCUUGGACCAACGCAUUUCCACAAAUUGAACUUGAUGACGUUCCAAAGAAACUUUAUGUUCUCCCGGAUUUUGUGUUCUUUGAACUUCUAGCUUUGCCAGAAGAGGUUAAUGGAGUUAUCAUUGGUCGAAGUUCGUCUCAAAGUUCGCAUCUUUUUCAAGCAGUUCGUAGCAUCAACGAUUACCGUGAUACUGAUUUGCCUGCUUUGAUAGUUUUGUUAGAAUAUUUGACACAACCUGAAAGCGCAAUUUAUCGUAGUUUGAAAAGCAAAGGUUUGGCGUGUGAUUUUUCCAUUAAUGUUUAUCCCAAUGAAGGACUUCUUGUUUUGAGUGUUUUGAAGUCGAAGCAUAUAGUUCAAACAUAUCAUUUAAUAAAAGCAAUCAUUGAAAAGCAUUUAGAAGAAACUUUUGAACUCAGUGAACGCCAUCUUGAAAUUGCAAAGAAUUCAGCACUGUACAAUGCUGUGAAUAGUGAAGGCACAAUAGCUCAACUUGUGAUGCGAUCUAUCAUAGUUGGUUUUCAGGAGGUUCCAUAUGAUUGGAAUAAAGUUUUUAUCAAGAAGCUUCAAAGAGUAACUGUUGAAGACUUAAAGGAAGUUGGACAGAAGCAUUUAAUGAAUUUAUUAAGUGCAGAUUCUCGUGUAGCAUGUAUUUGUCCUUUAGAGAAAACAGAAGAAAUUCAAAGUGGUCUAAAUGAGUUGGGAAUGAAUCUUCAAGUUGAACCGUCUUUGAACGAAAGUAUUUUGGCAAAUUUUUAA